AUGGUUGGUGUUGGGAUGAGCAUAAGGAUAUUUUUAUUGGUGAGUCCAACAUCUCGAAGUGGGUUGGAGUUAGAUCGAAUCAUAUUGCUUAGGCUGGUAGAUACUCUAAAUGAGCGAGCAGAUAACAAUGCUCUUCGUGCUGAGAAUGAAAGGAUCAAUAACGAGAACCUUGCAUUGAGGGAGGCUUUGAAGAAAAUAAUUUGCCCAUCUUGCGGUGGUCCACCUUGUGGAGAUGAGCACGCCAUCAAACAUCUUCAGCUUCAAAAUGCUCGUCUAAAAGAACAGCAUGAGAAGGUGUCUAUAUUUCUUGCAAGGUUCAUACAAAAACCGAUUUCACAUCCAGAGUUGCAGCUAGCUCCUCCUUCCGCAGGAUCUUCAUAUGAUUUAUCACUAGGAAGUACUCCAAAAUUAAGUGUUGAUGGUAGUUUUCUGAAUCUAGGUGUUGGUUCAACAAGUCUUUCAUUUUCAGAUGAAGACAUGUUGCCACAUGAAACGAACGAAAGGGAAGAAUUGGAAAAAGCACUAAUGUUUGAGAUUGCAAUAUCUGCUAAGGAAGAGUUACUUAAGCUUUUGGACACUAAUGAGCCUAUAUGGGUCAAGUCUUCAACUGAUCGGAGAUAUAUGCUUCAUCCUGAAACCUAUGAAAUGGUCUUUCCUUUGGGUAGUCACUUCAAAACUUCCACUGCUCGUGUUGAAUCUUCCAAAGAUUCACGAAUAGUGAGAAUUAAGCCUAUGCAAUUAAUUGACAUGUUCUUAGAUUCGGAAAAAUGGAUAAAUCUUUUCCCUACAAUUAUUUCAAAAGCUCACACAAUCAAAGUAUUUGAAAGCGGGAUGUCAGAGAAUCGAAGUGGAGCUUUGCAAUUGAUGUAUGAGGAGAUGCAUGUUCUUUCACCUAUAGUGCCAUCUCGGGAAUUCUACUUCCUUCGCUAUUGUCACCAGGUUGAAGCUGGUAUAUGGGUGAUAGUUGAUGUAUCGUUUGAUUACUUGAAAGAGGAAGACGACCCUUUCAACCCUCUUUCUCGCUCUUGGAGGUUUCCCUCGGGUUGCAUGAUUCACAAAAUAGCUGAUGGCUCAACCCAGGUUACAUGGGUUGAACAUGUUGAACUGGAUGAAAAGUUCCAAACGCAUCGGCUGUAUAGAGACCUUGUUAAUAAAAGUAUUGCGUAUGGAGCAGAAAGAUGGCUUAUGGAGCUUCAAAGAAUGUGUGAAAGAUUAACAAGCGCCGCUGCUGAAUACGUACCUAGUUAUGAUUCCGGAGUGGUCACUAUACCUGAAGGAAGGAGGAGUGUGAUAAAACUUGCUCAUAGAAUGGUUAAGAAUUUUUGUGAAAUUUUAAACAUGUCAAGCAAGAUGGACUUCCCGCAACAUUUAACUGAGGAGAGUAAUAGUGGGGUUAGGAUCGCUGUUCGCAAAAACACUGACCCAAAUGGCCUGCCAAAUGGCAUGCUUGUUGUUACUGCUGCUAGCUCAUUUUGGCUUCCAUUCCCUUCACAGAUUCUUUUUGAUUUCUUCAAAGAUGCUAGAGAACGUAUCAAGUGGGAUAAUCUUUGUUCUGGGUAUUCAAUGCAUGAGAUUUCACACAUCUCAAACGGAACUCAUCCGAACAACUAUGUAGCAAUUAUUCGGUCAUUGAACCCAAAUGCGAACAAUGUGUUUCUUCUUCAAGAAUGUUUUAUAGAUCCAUUGGGAGCAUAUGUUAUAUAUGCUCCAGUUAAGGUACCAGACAUAAAUUUAGCUGUGAAUGGUGGAGAUUCAUCAAUGGUGUCAAUUCUCCCAUCAGGCAUUGUCAUCUCUGAAGAUGCUCCAUCUAUUAUAAAUGCUCGAGCAUCUAGUAGCAGUGGAAAUAGUGGUAAAGGAUCACCAAGAGGUUCACUGGUGACUGUGGCUUUCCAAAUUCUGAUGCCUAACCCAGCUGUAGUGAACAUGGAAUCUGUGGCUGGUGUUAAUGCAAUCAUAACCUCAACAGUUCAAAACAUUAAGGAUGCUUUGAUCAAAGACUCCGAUUGA